CGUCAUUCAUUUACUGUACAAAUAAUACAAGGCAGUCCACAUAGAAAGCCUAACAAUCACAUUGUCUGUGCUCACUACCCACAUCAAUCAAUCCAUCAGCUCCACCCCAACGACACACACAAGCGACACACUCAAAACACGGCCUCUCGGCCGGUCUCCACGAACAAGGCCGGCUGCUGCACUACAGAUGUGUCAUUCAUCGCUUGGUGGUGUCUGGUCUGUAUGGGUUGGCCUCCAUGACGUGGGCCCUCUUGUAUCUGCUCAGCACCCUGCUGAAGUCGCCCUGGGCCUCUUCUUGUGCUUGUGCCGUCUCCUCCCUAUCAUGUGCCGCCCUCUUGGCCUCGUACUUUAGAUACCUGCACACCCGAGAGAGGCGCACAUACAGCAAUUCAUCCAUUCAUCAACCGUCCAUCCAGCAGCGGACGGUUGACAGCACUCACUUGAAGUAAUUGAGGUUUGGGUACUUCUGCACCAUGACCUUCAGGAUGGCCUGUGCACGCCGAUCGCGGAGCGUCAUGUACCGCUCCGUCAACUUAUCGGCCAAAUACUGAUGGAUACAUUGACGACACACACACACACACACACACACAUCGGCUCCUCCCUCGUGUGGCUGGCGGCUGGCUUAUCCAUCUCAUCCAUCUGACCACCGACCUGCAGUGGGUCCAUGACGGGCAUCAUCUCUGCUGGCGUGGGUUUCCAGUCGUAUGGCAGGACGGCCAUCUGGCGGGCCUGCACGAUGCUCCCGAAGAUCGUCCGCUGCUGGCGACGGGUGGCGUGUGUGAUGCGCCGCGGCAAGAUGAACCCAUUCUCAGACACAAAGUGAUGCAGCACGUCCACAUCCCUCCAAGUCAGAUAUCUGCCGUGGUUGCGCAGGAUGCGCCUCAUGACGGGUGGAGGGUCCCAGAACUGCUCGUCGGUCUUGUGUGGGGUGGGGAAGGGGUCCACUGGCGGGCGGCCGCGGUUCCUCUCGGCACUGUAGGGGUCGUACAUGCGGUACUGACGCAUCAAACUCCGCCGGAUGGCAAUCCGCUGACGACGCGCCUCGGCCGCACCGACCUGUUGACACCACACCACACAUGGACACACACACAUAAAUGGAUAGUCGGCCCGCAUUCUCCGUCCGUUCUGCCCCAUUUACGUACCAUUCUGGCAUAGUCGUUGAACUCAGCGGCGACCUGCUCCUUUAGGUCGUCAUUCUUGUGGAAGGGGUUCCAGUAGGGGUCGAUGUAGUGGUUCUGGUGCUCCAGCCGGGGCGCCACCUCCCUCUCAGGGUCCACUCGCUGGAAGAUCUUGCGGGUGAUGUCCAGCUCCUCCAUCGUCAGCUUGUUGAUGGUGGGCGAGGGGCGCGUGUCGACGUCAGGGUCGUGCUGCAGCCGAUGCCGCCGAAUGCUGUCCAGGCACUCCUUGAACAGCGCAUCAGCAGAGCCGAAGGGGCUCACCUUCUCCUCUUGCACACCGCCGCUCGGCUGUCGCUUCAGGUCUUCGAAGAGCUCAUUGAAGGUGGGAGAGGCGCCCUCACCACCGCCCUUGCUCGCAUCACCCUCCCUCGCUGCGCCACCGGCCGCUGCGGCAUCUUGCUGUCCUUUUCGCACAGGAUCUUUCGCUGCUGUUUCCAUUGACUUGCCAGGCUCCACCACUCGCCUGCUCUGUGCCGUGGAAGACGGCCUCGAUGGUCUUGAUGACGAGAAAAGGCGUGCGGAGAGAUGGCGCGCCGCUGGAAAGCCCGGGAUGAGUGAACGAGCGGGAAAUGUCAUGGGACACGGGGAAAGUGAGGCAGAUAGAAACC